CAGAAGCUACCUCUGAUUUUCUCUGGCUGUUGCUUAAAAUUGCGGAGAGGAUCUGGCAGGAGCAGGAAAAAAACCCUGAUUCCAUUUCCUUUGAGUGGUGAAGGGGAAAGGGGCACCAUGCAGCCAGCCCAGGUUGGGGUGUCCUUUGAAGAGGUGGCUGUGUAUUUUUCCCAGGGGGAGUGGACCCUGCUCCGCCCAGCCCAGAGAGCUCUCUACAAGGAGGUCAUGCUGGAGAAUUUUGGGAACGUGGCGUCCCUGGGACCCCAGAUUCCCAAACCUGACCUCGUAUCCUGGCUGGAAGAGGAAGAACAGUCAUUUCUCCUGAUCUCUGAUGAAGAGGAUGGAUUGGCAGGACCUCUGACUGCCAAACCUGGCUUCAUAUCCUGGCUGGAAGAAGAGGAAGAGUUGUUUCUCCUAGGCUCUGAUGGAUUGGCAGGAGUCACAUGGGAGUCAGCGAAUGAAAUAUCAGGAGACCCAGUGAUGGAGAAAGAGGACACAUAUUCAGAUGUGAAAGAGAAGGUUAAAUAUUGUGAUGCGCUGAAGAAGGAAGAGGGAAAAUACCCACCUAAAGGGAGGAUUAAUUGUAGUAUUUUACAGGUGGAUGAUUCUCUAGUGCAAACAAUAUACAAAGGAGACAAUAAGAAUGAGUGCAUUGGAAAUGAGGGAAUUUUUGCUGAAAAAUCAGAUAUUAAUAUUCAAUGGAACAUCUUUGACAGAAAGAAAGUAUAUAAAUGCCUGGAAUGUGGAAAAAUCUUUGGGCGGAAAGAUAGCUUAACUUUUCAUCAAAGGAUUCACACUGGUGAGAAACCAUAUAAAUGCCAAGAGUGUGGGAAAAGCUUCAGUCAGAGUUCAAACCUUACUUUUCAUGAAAGAAUUCAUACAGGGGAGAAACCAUUUAAAUGCCUGGAAUGUGGGAAAACUUUUGGGCGGAAAGAUUCCCUAACUUCUCAUCAAAGAAUUCACAGAGGGGAGAAAAUAUAUAAAUGCAUGGAGUGUGGAAGCACCUUUAGUCAAAGCGGGAACCUUACUUCUCAUCAAAGAAUUCACACAGGAGAGAAACCAUAUAAAUGCCUGGAGUGUGGCAAAAGCUUCAGAUACAGUGGGCACCUUACUGCCCAUCAAAGAACUCACACAGGGGAGAAAAAAUAUAAAUGUCUGGAGUGUGAAAAAAGUUUUGGGCGGAAAGAUAGUCUAACUUCCCAUCAAAGGAUUCACACGGGAGAGAAACCAUAUAAAUGCCAGAACUGUGGAAAGAGUUUCAGUGAGAGUGGAAGCCUUUCUUCUCAUCAGAGAAUUCACACAGGGGAGAAAAAAUAUAAAUGCUUGGAGUGUGGGAAAAGUUUCAGACAGAGUGGAAGCCUUACGUGCCAUCAACGAAUUCACACAGGGGAGAAACCAUAUAAAUGCCUGGAAUGUGGGAAAAGCUUCAAUCAGAGUUCACACCUUACAUCCCAUCAAACAAUUCACACAGGGGAGAAACCAUAUACAUGCCUGGAGUGUGGGAAAGGCUUCAGUCAGAGUGGAAACCUUAAUUCCCAUCAACGAACUCACACAGGACUAAUUCACUCAGGGGAGAAACCGUAUAAAUGCCUCGAGUGUGGAAAAAGCUUCAAUCGGAAUGGAAGCCUUACUCUCCAUCAGAGAAGUCACACAGGGGAGAAACCAUAUAAAUGCUUGGAGUGUGGAAAAAGUUUCAAUCAAAGUAGUUCCCUUAGUAUCCAUCAGAGAAUUCACACAGGGGAGAAACCGUAUAAAUGCCUGGAGUGUGGAAAAAGCUUCAGUCGGCGUGGAAACCUUAGUAUGCAUCAGAGCAUUCACACAGGGGAGAAACCAUAUAAAUGCUUGGAGUGUGGAAAGAGCUUUACUCUCAACAGAAGCCUUGCUCUCCAUCAGAGAAUUCACACAGGGGAGAAACCGUACAGAUGCCAGAAGUGUGGGAAAAGCUUCAGUCGUAGUGGAACCCUUCGUAUCCAUAAAAGAAUUCACACAGAGGAGAAACCAUAUAAAUGUCUGGACUGUGGGAAAAGCUUCAAGUGGAAAGAUGGCCUAGCUUCCCAUCAAAGACUUCAAACAGGCGGUAAGCUGUAUAAAUGCCUGGUGUGUGGGAAAAGCUUUGGUGGCAAGAAAUGCCUUUAUACCCAUCAAAGAGGUCACACAGAGGAAAAACCAUAUAAAUGUCUGGAGUGUGGAAAAAACUUCAAACAAUGUCACAGACUUACUGUCCAUCAAAAAAUUCACACAGGGGAAAAACCAUAUAAAUGCUUGGAGUGUGGAAAAAGUUUUAAGAGGAGUAAUCACCUUAGUAUGCAUCAAAGACUUCACACAGGGGAGAAACCAUAUAAAUGCAUGGAGUGUGGAAAAAGCUUCACUAGGAGUGAAAACCUGAAAUCCCACCAAACUAUUCACACAGGGGAGAAAAAAUAUAAAUGCCAGGAAUGUGGAAAAAGCUUCAGGCAGAGGUCACACCUUACUUCCCAUCAAAAUAUUCAUACAGGUGAUAAAAAAUAUAAAUGCCUGGAGUGUGGAAAAAGUUUUCGUCUGAGGCACACCCUCACUUCCCAUGAAAGAGUUCACACAGGGGAGAAGCCAUAUAAAUGUAUGGAAUGUGGAAAAAGCUUUAGUAUAAAACAGAGCCUUACUCACCAUGAAAGAAUUCACACAGGGGUGAAACCAUAUGACUGUACGGAGUGUGGUAAAAGCUUUAGUCGUAGGGACAGCCUUACUUCCCAUGAAAGAAUACACAAAGGGGUGAAACCAUAUAAAUGCUUUGAGUGUGGAAAAAGCUUUAGUAUGAGAAUGAGCCUUACUUCCCAUAAAAGAGUUCAUACAGGGGAGAAACCAUAUAAAUGCCUGGAGUGUGGAAAAAGCUUCAGUCAGAGCUCACAGCUUACUGUCCAUCAAAGACUUCACACAGGGGAAAAACAAUAUACGUGUCUGGAGUGUGGAAAAAGCUUCACUAAAAGAUCACAACUUACUUCCCAUCAAAGAACUCACACUGGAGAGAAACCAUAUAAAUGCCUAGAAUGUGGGAAAAGGUUCAGUCACAGUGCAGCUCUUACUUCCCAUCAAAAAAUUCACACAGGAGAAAACAUAUAAAUUCAUGGAGUCUGGAAAAAUCAUCAGUUUGAAUGGAAGCCUUGCUUCCCAUCAAAGCAUUCACAUAGUGGAGAAACCAUAUAAGUGCAUGGAGUGUGGGAAAAGAUUCAGUGUGAACAAAACCCUUAAUUCCCAUCAAAGUAUUCAGUUAAUUAGAUAAGUGGA